UGCUGCUGCAGUAUCAAAACAGCAGCACAUACCUUCACUAGCACAUUCUCCGUCUGUCUCCUCUUCUCGCUCUACCUCUCUCUGACUGUGUCUCUUUAGGAACCCGUUGUGUCGACAUCUAGGAGUUACCGUUCAAAUAGCAGAUAUGCCUGUCAAAGUGUUUGUUACCAGCGUGAGCAGCAACUUUGAGAUAAAGAAAGCUCAGCAGAAAAUCGAAAUGAUCCUGGACUCCCUGAAGAUCCCUCAUGUCGAUGUUGACAUUGCUCAGAAUGGGGAUGAUAAGGAUGAAAUGAGGAGGAUUGCAGGGAACCCGAAAGCACUGCCACCCCAAAUAUGCAACGGUGACAUCUACUGUGGAGACUACAAAGCUUUUGAAGAAGCAGUGGAGAUGGAAGAACUGCAUAAAUUUCUUAAACUGUGAAGGCUCUGGGAUCAACCACAUCACCUUGCACACCGAAAUAUCUAUCUAAUUUGAGGAAACCAAAAACAUGACCCGUAAAGUCAUAUAUUCACAUUUAUAUGAGGACAGAUGUUGUGUUUGGUCUGAACUAUAAGUGCAAGAAUAUGUAAAUGAAAAAUCCACUUUUAAUCUGGGUGAUUAAAUUAAAUCUCGGAAA